CAGAGGAAGAAGAAAGGAUUACCGUGGUCGUCGUCCUCUGGUUCUCUUGCUUGUGGUGUUCUUGGCUAUGGCGGUCUGUAAGGAGCAAGCUGAAGCUAACGAUGGCGAUGGCGACCAACAAGCAGCGACGACAGUGGCGAAGGGAUUGUUGCAAGCAGAUAGUCAGCAUGCAGUGAAUGGAGAAAGAGAAGGAGGAGGAGGAGGAGGAGGAGGAGGAGGAGGAAGAAGCGGCCAUAGCCAUGAAGCAGCGGAAGCUGGUGGCGGCGAUGGCGGACAAGGAGCGACCAGUGUAGCGAAGGGAUUGUUGCAAGAAGAUAGUCAGCAGAGAGUGAAUGGAGAAGGAGGAGGAGGAGUAGGAGGAGUGGGAGGAGGAGGAGGGGGAGGAGGAGGAGGAGGAGGAGGAAGCGGCCAUAGCCAUGAAGCAGCGGAAGCUGUUGGCGGCGAUGGCGGAAAAGGAGCGACGAGUGUAGCGAAAGGAUUGUUGCAAGAAGAUAGUCAGCAGAGAGUGAAUGGAGAAGGAGAAGGAGGAGGAGGAGGAGAACCUGGAAGCGGCUAUGGCAAUCAUCAUCGCCGUAGCAAACGACGUCGACCUGCAAUUCGAAAUGGCCGAGUCUUGAGGAGAGAUAACGAUGAACUCUGGUUCCGAUCACUACUUGAAAAUGCGCAUUUCCCUAUUUACCUUCUACCGAAUCGCUUCUCCCACGUGGAGACAGAAGACAAGGGGGUUUAUUACUGGAUUAAUGUUCAAUUAAGGGAGGGGGUUGGAGGGGAUGACGGCUGUGAGGUGUAUCUUCCAAGUCUUAAUGCCGCCAUUCGCUACGAGACAAAAAUCGCAUUCACACUGGACGACAAUAUCAUCUCCUCCGUGGAAGGCAUAUCCAUCGUUCGCUUUAAGAACUCUUCUCUGUCAUCACCUCCACCACCUCAACCACCACAAGCACAACAAGCACAACAAGCACAAAAAGCACAACAAGCACAACAAGCACAAGAAGCACAACAAGCACAAGGAGGACAGCUGCAACAACAAGAAGAAGUACAGCAGGUACAAGGAGGGCAUCAAGAAGGAGGACAAGUGAAAGAAGGACAAGGGCAUGAAGGAGGAGGACAGCUGCAACAACAAGAAGAAGUACAGCAGGUACAAGGAGUGCGACAAAUGCAAGAAGGAGGGCAUCAAGAAGGAGGACAAGUGAAAGAAGGACAAGAAGAGGAGAAGCAGAAGGAAGAAGGAGGAGGUCGACGGCAAGAAGGACAUGAGAGUGGACAUGGAAGGAAGGUGUUGCUGGAGGAGAUGAUGAAGACGACGAUAGAGAAGAUGGGAGGAGGAGGUGGUGGUGGUAAACAGCAGCAAGUAGGUGAGAGCACGAAAGGGAGGAGGAGGAGGAGGGUAUUGCUAGAGGAGACGAAGAAGGAGGUCGAGAAUCCACCACCUACUACUACUACUACUACUACUACACCUCUCCUGGUCAACAAGAACACCACCUCCUCCUCGUCCUCGUCCUCCUCCUCCUCCUCCUCCUCCUUAUCGUCAUCGAACACUUCUUCUUCUUCUUCGUCUUCUUCUUCUUCUUCGUCGUCGUCGUCUUCUAGUUCGUUGGCAUCGAAUUUUUCGUCUAGUGGUGAUCAUUCUGCUUCUAAAUUGAUUUCUCCUGAUGCAUCGAAAAGGGUUUUUGUCGUUAAUGACGUGGAGCAGAUUGAUGAGAUAGUAAUCACGUUAUGGUAUCACACAGUGGGUUUUCUCACAGGACAGGGCGAGCUGGCGGUGGAGUUCAAACGCGAUUUUUUCAAGGAGCCCACGAACUGCGCGCCGUUCACCUGGACGAAAAAGCGUCCAGGUGCACAGUAAAAGUAGUUAUAAUUAUCGUCGG